AUGGCACCCCCGCGCCAGCGAACCACCGGUGUAGUAGACGACUCGAGAUCCGAAGCCUCGAGCGGCACAAGAGAAUACCAAAAAGGCAGCAAGUCUCGGAGACCCGCAGCAGCCAAAGAAAAAGUUUCAGUCACCAGUGCACCCAUCAUCGAGCAACACGUCGAGGAACAGCCCCGACUUCCCUGGACAGAUCUACCCCUCGAAAUCCUCCAUUCCUACCGCCAUGUCCACAAACUCCCCACGCCCUCUGCCUACUCAAGCGACUACUCCCGCAUGAUCCUCUCCCAAGGCGUCGGUCUCCGCUCGCCGACUUCCCUCGCCGCCCGUCGUGCCCAGACUCAGAACCAUUCACACUCCCAUACCCACUCGCACCGAACACAUAUCUCAGACUCCCGUGCGGAUUCGACGCUGCGCCGUGUCGUCGGCCAGGACCGUGUGAGCAAAGACCAAUUCGCGCUUGUCGUGCGAAAGCACUUCAACAGUGCGGGUCUUUCGGAGCAAGAAACCAUCGCGCGGUUUCUAUAUACCGUGCGCGAGGACCGGAGAGGGAGACAAUUCCGACUGCGGUUCCAGCCCUAA